AUGCGUGCCGAGGUGCUGGUCAACACGAGCGGCACCGGGUGGAGCGUGCGUGGCACCGGCCGCGUCAUGUGGCAGCAGGUUGAUGAGCGCCAACAGAGGCUUGUCGUCGCCCCGCCGCUCUCCUCUCCUGCGGACUGUCACGCGUCGUCGCUCGCUGCUGUGACGCUCCCCGACGCCGCCAUCCGAUUUUCCCUGCCGGUGGACACCGUGCUGCACGCGCUCCCGAUCGACGGCGACGAGUGGGCGAUGCACUUCGACACCGCCGAAGAGGCCUCUGGCGUGUGGGAGGACAUCGUGAUGCUGCAGGCGGCGGCUGGGGUGGUGACGACGGCGGCGGGCUCGGCCAGCGGCGCCGCGGUUCCCGCGCCGCUGCCCGACCCCGCAAGCGAGGGCGGGCUCUGCGAGCUCGAGCGGCUCCUCGGCUCGCUGCUCUACUCGGACAACUACUCGCCCCCCGAGGAGCCGCCCGGCGGCUCGCUGCUCUCCGCUCUGGGCAUCGUGGCCGAGUCGGCGGGCGGCGAGGCGGACGACUACAUCGCCUCGAUCGCCUCCGCCUUCGCCGCCGCGGAGGCGUCCAGCGGCGAACCGCCCGCCGCCUUCGGCCGCGCGCCUGCGCUGCGGCGGCUCAUGAAGGACGACGGCGCGUCCUUUGUCUUUGGCGCGCUGGAGCACGAAACGCGCGCGCUGCUACACGUGGAGACAGACGCCGCGAACACCGCCUUCCGCGCCCGCCUCGCCUCGCCCGCCUGGCCGCCCUGCCCGCUGGCGUGGGAGGACGAGGAGGGGCUCGCGCUCGUGCAGGCCCUGCGCCGGAUGCAGCUGCUGCAAGACUCGGUCCUGCCGCUCCUGCCCAGACUCGCAGAGCACGGCGCCGCGCCUGCCCCGCCGCUGCCCUCGCCCCUCGCCCGCAGUGGCGGACGCCGCGACCCCCUCCCCGCGCAGGCGUCGCCGACGUCCUUGGUCCGCGAGCUGACUGCGCUCGCCUCCGGGCUCCACCCGAUCGAGCGGGCCCGCGUCUACCGCCGCCUCACCUCGCUCGGCCUCCUCGCCGCCGCACGAUCCACGCUCGGCGCGGCAUCCGCCCCCGCCGGCGCGCAUGUGCGCUGCUGCGACGUCUUGUCGGCGGUCUGCAGCCACGACCCGUCCCUCCUCCGGAGCGACGAGGUCGCGCAGCUGAAGGCGGGGCCGCCGGAGGCUGGGCUGCCACCCGCCCCCGAGCAGGCAGCCGCAGCAUCGCAGGCCGACGCGUCGCACCUCCCCGACGCGUCCGGCGGCACCGCGGCCCCUCCACCUCCCGCCGCUGCGGCCUCCACCUCCCAGCUGCUCGCUGCUCGCCUGUGCGACACCGCCGACGAGGGCGUGGCGCGCCAGGCCGCAGAGCUGCUCGGCGCCCUCCUCGACCCCUCCUCGAUGGAGGAGGCCGAGGUCCUCCUCGAGCUGCUCGCGUCCCUCCUCGGCGCGCACGGCGAGCGAGGCCUCUUCGUCGCCACCUCGCCGCAGCUGUGGCGGUCGCUGAGCGGUCUGCUCGAGCAGCCGGGCCGCGUGCUGCGCUGCUCGGUCGCUCGCUUCGAAGGGUCACGUGAGGUCGGCGUGUUAGGCGUCGCUCCGCUGGUCGGGCGGCUCGUCUGCCUCGUCGCUGCGGACCGCGGCGGAGGGGGCGGCGUGCGCGACUCGCUCGCAAACUCGGCGGUCCUCUCGCUGCUCGACUCGCUCCUCGCGGCGAGCAGCGAGCCGGGGGCGCGCCACUCCGCCCUGCUCUCCCACCUCGCCUCCGACCAGCGGAGCGAGCUCGAGUCGCUCGCCGCCGAAGCAAUCGCCCCCGCCGACGCCCUCCUGCGCGCGCACGUGCCGCCGCCCUCUCUCCUCGGAGCCCGGGGUGGCGCCGCCGGCAGGGAGCCCUAGGCCGCGGGCCCCUUGGGGAGAGGGCCUUCGCUGCUCCGCGACUCGCUCGAAAUCGACGGCGGCGGCACCGCGCCUUUCCUACGAGCCAUGCAGCAGGCGAGGCGACAUGCCGAGCCGACCACCGGCGGGAUCGAGAAGCUCUGCUUGGCGUGAGCGGCUUCACGGGCCUGUCAGUCCUGCCCCAGUCUCUCCCCGACGUCUUGGACACGCUCGGACUUCCGUCAUGGCACUCACUUUGGUACACACAGGUCCCAGUAUCAGCUUGCGCAGCGCGUCGCCGCGUCGUGCCCGGGGGGUGUGCGGCGCUCUCCGCGGUCUCCGCCGUUUGCGUCUCUUUGUGGUUGUUCAUUGUGCAUGUGCGGCAUCGUUGAACAUACAUGGAAAUCUCUGCGCAACAUCGGAAGAUCCUUGGACUGUAGAUCGUAGAUGCCUUUUAGAGAUCUCUUAAGUGGCAAAUCUCCUGCCAAGAGCUGCAGUAGAUUG